AUGAUCGAGGUGAUUGCCACAGAUGAAGAGAAGACGGCAUUCACCGAUAUCGACGUGGCGUUCCUAGUGGGCUCAUUGCCUCGGAAGCCCGGCAUGGAGCGCAAAGAUCUGCUGACCGCCAACGCCAAGAUCUACCAGAGCAACGGACGUGCUCUCGAUCAGUAUGCCAAGAAGUCUGUCAAGGUUCUUGUGGUGGGUAACCCGGCGAAUACGAAUGCGCUGAUCUGCUCCAAGUACGCGCCGUCUAUUCCCACGGCGAACAUCUCAGCCAUGACGCGUCUCGACCACAACAGGGCCCAGGCACAGAUUUCCCUAAAGCUGAAGGUGUCAAGUGCUGACGUGCGGAACGUGAUCAUCUGGGGCAACCACUCGUCCACCCAAUUACCGGACAUCAGUCACGCCUUCGUGACUCUGGGUGGCCGGAACGUCAGAGUCACCGAUGCCAUCAAUGACGACGGCUACACCCAGAGCGAGUUGCUCACCUGCAAGCAGCCGAUAACUCGCCACGAGCUCUUAGCUGCUCUGGGCCGCACGAAGCGACGCAGUGCACCGGGGUUAUAUGGUAUCACAGUCCAAAUGCUACGGAACCUGGCUCACCCGGAGACAGACCGGCUGCUGGACUACUUCAACGACAUCUGGCAGUCUGGCUGCCUUCCAGAGGCACGGCUGAUGGCUGUCGUUGUCCCGGUCUUGAAAUCAAGAAAGUCUGCCACGGCGCUCACCUCCUACAGGCCUGUCUCCCUCACCUCGGCGGCCUGCAAGGUGUUGGAGUCUGAGCACCACCUGGAGCUCCAGCACCGUAAAGCCAUCCGGAUGAUUCUUGGUUUGCCAGGGACCUCGCACAUCGCUGCCACCCUAGCCGAGGCAAAGGCUUGGCCGCUGUCCCUGCUGCUGCUACAACGUGGCCUCCAUCACGUUGACAGACUACAUCACGCCCCGGGUAGCGCGGCUCUGCUGUCGAGGUUGCGAAGCCGACCUCACUCGCUCAUGGGCAGUUUGUGUCAGCUCUACGAGGACGUUGUUGGUCGCCCACCCACGCUAGCCGUCCCGCCACCUCCUCCGCACCAUCAGUCAUUGGAGACGUCGGCAUUCCUGCUGAAGGACCGACUGGACGGACAUCUGCACAUCUACACUGACGGCUCCGUCCAUGCAGACUCCAGAUCUGCCACAGCCUCCUUCGUGAUCGCUGCCCUCCAGCGCUCGGGAGUGUGCCGGCUGCCUUUGGCAGCUAGCUCCACCGCCGCUGAGACUGUGCAGAAGCGUGGUGGUGCUGUGAUUGCGGCGCGCAAGCUCUCCAGCGCCAUGUCGGCUGCUAAAGCAGCGGCCGACCACAUGCACGACUGGUGGCAUGGUAUCCCCGAGGGCCAUUGGGUGUCUAUGGCGGUGCUGAGUGACGGCUCGUAUGGAUCGCCAGCCGACGUGAUGUUCAGCUACCCUGUGCAUAUCGACUCGCAGCGGCGUUGGCGCAUCGUGGACGGACUGUCCAUGUCGGACUUUGUCCGGCAGAAGAUCCAGGUCACUGGCCAGGAGCUCGUCGAGGAACGAAACGAAGCCCUGGCUUUCUGCAAGAACUGA